CACUGGCCAGUGUUUUGUCCUCCACAGCCAACAACAAAACUCUUCAUUGAUGGGAAGUUUGUUGAGUCCAAAACUACUGAAUGGAUUGAUAUCCACAACCCGGCCACAAAUGAAGUUGUUGGCCGUGUACCAAAAGCCCCAGCCAGUGAGAUGGAGGCAGCUGUGGCUUCUUGCAAAAAGGCUUUUUGGAACUGGUCAGAGACGUCUGUUUUGAGUCGCCAGCAAAUCUUCCUGCGCUAUCAACAGCUCAUCAAAGACAAUCUGAAAGAAAUCUCAAAACUCAUCACCUUUGAGCAAGGGAAGACCCUGGCUGAUGCUGAGGGAGAUGUGUUCCGAGGCCUCCAGGUGGUUGAACAUGCUUGCAGCGUGACAUCCCUCAUACUGGGAGAGACCAUGCCCUCCAUCACUAAAGACAUGGACACUUACACCUACCGUCUGCCUCUCGGUGUGUGUGCUGGAAUUGCACCGUUCAAUUUCCCAGCCAUGAUUCCUCUUUGGAUGUUCCCCAUGGCUAUGGUUUGUGGAAACACCUUCUUGAUGAAACCAUCUGAGCGUGUACCAGGAGCACUCAUGUUCCUUGCCAAGCUGUUUCAGGAUGCUGGUGCCCCCGAUGGGACCCUGAAUAUCAUCCAUGGACAGCAUGAAGCUGUGAAUUUCAUUUGUGAUCAUCCGGAUAUCAGAGCAAUCAGCUUUGUGGGAUCUAAUCAGGCUGGCGAGUACAUCUAUGAGAGAGGAUCCCGGCAUGGCAAGAGAGUCCAGGCCAACAUGGGAGCCAAGAACCACGGUGUGGUGAUGCCCGAUGCCAAUAAAGAGAACACCUUGAACCAGCUGGUUGGAGCUGCUUUUGGAGCAGCUGGCCAACGCUGCAUGGCCCUGUCUACGGCAAUUCUAGUGGGAGAGGCUCAGAAAUGGCUGCCAGAGCUUGUGGACAGAGCCAAAAAUCUACGUGUAAAUGCAGGAGACCAGCCUGGAGCAGAUCUAGGGCCUCUGAUCAGUCCCCAAGCUAAGGAGCGGGUUUGCCAUCUCAUUGAGAAAGGAGUAAAAGAAGGCGCCAGCCUGCUUCUGGAUGGACGUAAUAUCAAAGUGAAGGGCUAUGAAAAUGGCAAUUUUGUUGGACCAACGAUCCUUGCCAACGUCAAGCCAAACAUGACUUGCUACAAGGAGGAAAUCUUUGGGCCCGUCUUAGUGGUUCUAGAAGCAGAUACUUUGGAUGAUGCCAUUAAGAUGGUGAACAACAACCCCUAUGGAAAUGGAACCGCAAUCUUCACCACCAACGGAGCCACAGCUCGGAAAUAUUCUCACUUGGUAGAUGUGGGUCAGGUGGGUGUCAACGUUCCAAUCCCAGUACCUCUGCCCAUGUUCUCUUUCACCGGCUCUCGUGCUUCUUUCAGAGGAGACACCAAUUUCUAUGGCAAGCAGGGAGUGCAGUUCUACACACAGCUGAAAACUGUCAUUUCUCAAUGGAAAGAGGAAGAUGCCACUGUUACCAAGCCCGCUGUGGUUAUGCCAACCAUGGGAAAUUAAGUCAGCCUUUAUAGAUGCGGCUCCUGGUGCCCUUCUCCUUCUAUGCUGCACUUUCCAGCUUUGUCCUGACUAUCAUAUCCUUGGGUAGGAAUAGAAAGCUCC